AAUGGUACCUGAGGGCACUGGAUAAAGAGACCUAAUUGGCCACUGCCAGCCACUUUUAGCUGGAGCAAGCCACCUUCUGACACCCUCUUGUCAUGGCCCCAAAGAAGAAGGAUGAGCCCGCACCUGUGGCUGCGCCCAAACCGCCACAACCUGAACGCCCUUCGACUCCUGCGUUCAACCCCUCAUCUAUCACGCUGGAAUUUACCCCCGAGCAAAUCGAAGACUUCAAAGAUGCCUUCCAGCUGUUUGACAGGACUCCCAACAGCGAGAUGAAAAUCACCUACGAGCAGUGUGGCGACCUAAUCCGAGCAUUGGGACAGAAUCCCACCAAUGCUGAGAUCAUGUACGUGCUUGGGAGGCCAAAAGCUGAAGACAUGCAAUCUAAAAUGCUGGAUUUUGAGCAGUUCCUGCCCAUUCACCAGCACAUUUGUAAGGCCAAAGACCAAGGCACCUUUGAGGACUUUGUGGAGGGCCUGCGAGUUUUUGACAAGGAGGGGAACGGCACAGUCAUGGGCGCGGAGCUGAGACACGUCCUGGCCACGCUGGGCGAAAGGAUGCGUGAAGAUGAGGUGGAGCAGCUGAUGCAGAACCAAGAGGAUGCAAACGGAUGCAUCAAUUAUGAAGCUUUUGUUAAAUACCUUAUGGCUUCUUGAAGAAAACAUGAUUUCAGAGUCAUUGAUGAAAAUUUGGCUUCCCUACAUUGGAAAAACAAGAACAUCAUCAAUGUGAAUAUCUUUCUAUGCAGUAAGUUUUGUCCUAAUCCUAUUAGUGAUAUUUGGAAGAGAUUCCUACUGUUCAUAACGUAAAGCAAUGAAGGAAAUAAAAAGAGAACAUUUCAAAUUCAUACAGCAAGGUUGUAUGGGGAAUAAUCUUUUUCUAUGUAUGUAUAUUUCGACCUUGACCCCAUUUUUCAAACUAUUAUUUUCCCCCAAAUUGAUAGUGCUCCUUAUAAUCCAGUGUGCCUUAUACAGUAUAUAAUUUCUGGUUGUGCUUAUUAACUUCAAACCUAUUUUGCUUGAGCAAAAUUAUACUAUAAUACCCGAGGAAAGUAUGCAUUCAUCAUUCAUAAAACAAAUAUAAGAAAAAUAUGAUAAAACAAUAAAUACAAUUUAAAAAAAAAAAACUAAUUCAUGAUGUCUACUGCCCAUGAUUAGCUGGGAUAGGCUCCAGCACCCCGUGAUCCUGGAAGGAUCCAUGGAAGAUGAAUAAUAAUAAUUACAAUAAUAAAGAACAAAUAACAA